CAUACCGGAAAGGCAUGGUGAAAGACCAGAGCGACGGCUGACAUGCACUGCGUUCUGUGUCACCUGCCCAACACGACUGCCCAAUCUCACUGAGACUCUGGGAUACGCCUGCUUUCUCUACAACAUGUAUGGACUGGACCUUGGCUAUUCCAUGUGUCUCUUUACCUUCUUGACAUUAGUAUCAGGUGUCAUUUCUCAUGCCAGCAGUGGUGGUAAAGCCAGAAACAGCCAGUUGGAAUGCACACUAUAUAUCGAUGAUCUGAAACAGUGUUCAGCAUCUGAACAUCCGUACCGGUGUUUUGUUGACAAUGGGGAAUGUGAUUUCCCUCUACUUCUGGGGCAAGAGGCAGUGAAAAACAUUUCCUGUUAUGUUUAUCAUGGGAAAUCCAUCACCUGCAGCUGGAUACCUGUGCAUAACCAGACAGGAAUUUUAAAAUACUCCUUGCUAAUUUCAAAUUCUGGGUUCCUGGCCUGUGAUUUAGCAUUGAACCGUGGGACACAAUUUAAUGUGACAAUCAUAGCAUGGAACACGAGGAACCAAAUGGUGACCCUGUCUCAUCCUUUCCUGGUGAAAACUCUGGAAAUAGCCAUGACACCCAAGCCGGUGAACAUAUCAAUUACGUCUAUAACAAAUGACUCUAUCUCCGUGAAGUGGAAUCCUCAGCAUUACUCAGUGCAGUGUAUGGUGUACUACAGGCCAAUCAGCAGUGACCACUGGAAAGAGGUUCUCCAUCCUGGAUGCAGAACAAUUUGUUCACAAGACAUUAAUGGCCUGCAGCCAUUUACUGAAUAUUGCGUCAAAGUUGCCUGCGCAUUAAUCAGUAGCAAACUUUGGGGCCCCCCAAGUGACAAUCACUCAGCGAAGACCCUAGGGAUUGCCCCCAGAAGCUCUGUGAAUGUCUGUCAGCGCGUGGACACUGGGCGGACUGACAGACUCCGUAAAGUUUGGCUGAUGUGGAAGGCCUUGGAGGACAGACAUGGAUCUAUUCUGGGCUAUUGUGUUAAUUAUACGAACCAAUCUAAGAGUGUUACGGUUAAGACCACAGACCUGAAGAUCAGCUUUGACGCAAGGGAGGGAGAAUAUGACGUCAUCGUCACAGCAUACAACAGUGCAGGGGUGUCUCCCAUCAGCCGGCUGCUGGUGCCCUCUGCAGACAAUGACAUCAUUUCAGAUGUUCCACCUGUGCUGGGCAUCUGGGCCACCACUCAAGGCAGCACAAUCCUUGUUGAGUGGGACAUGGGAAAGACAGAGCGAGCCGUCAGCGAGUUCGCCGUCGAGUGGGCGGCCAAUCAAGAUGCCAGCAGCAGCCAGUGGCUGCGAGUUCAGCCCAACUUCUCCAGCGCAGUGCUGCAGGGGAAGCUCCACCCCAGUACAACAUACAACAUCAGCGUCUACCCCAUAUACAGAGACAUCUGUGGGCCUCCGAAAUCAGUCCCAGCCUCCCUGAAAAGCGGGGUGAUUGGGGGGUCCGGCAGUUGGCACGUCAUGCAGGUGAGGAAGAACAGUGUCACCGUGAAUCUUAAGGGACACCCGACCGGCCAAGGCAACAGCUUACCGAAAUACAACAUGACCUUAACAAGUAAAAAUGGUGCCCAAAAUUUUUUAGUCACUUCCGCAAACCAGACAUUUACAAUCAGAAAUCUGACAGCGAACACGGACUACUCCCUCAAAGUGAGAGCAGGAACCAGGUCCAGUCAGCUCACCAGUGAGAGCUUCACUACUCCGCUCUUCGACACUGAAGACAUUUUGUAUACUAUUCUUCCCCUGGUGUUCCUCAUUCUUCUGGUGCUGGUGUUGCUCGCCCUCUAUAGGACUGUGAACACGAGACACCUCUUUCCACCGAUCCCAAACCCUUCCUGCAGUUCUAUCAGACAGUGGGGGUCACUGUCUGCGCAUGAGAUCACCCCAAAACUGCUGAACCUGGAGCUUUUCUCCACUAUGGAGCUUCCUGCUGAGAACUUCAGCAUUCAGGUCAUGUCGCCGGAGUCUCCUCUCAUCACUGAGGCCACGGAAAAAGACCCCGACUACAUAGAAAACAACACGGCAUAUCUCUGGGACACGUUCUGCCAAAAAACAGACGCAUGAUGAGUGUACGAUGGGAUGGUGUGGCAGACGAGGAGUGGGCAGCAAGUCAGAUACUGUUUUUAUGCUGGUCAGGGUGGCAGGAAAUCAUUUUCAGUGUCUACUAUUUCUUUAUAAGAUAUGUUACCAUAUAUGCAAAACUAAGAAAAAGUACAAAUUAGAAAGAGAUCUUGAUGAUGUUGGAAUAAUAUGUACAUAUCAUUUGUCUGUUUUUUUAUUGUUAUAUUGACCGGCUAUUUGGAUUUUUGUUUACUGUUCAGUCACCAGCUGGGGAACGUUAGGUUUUACUUGACUUUUUAAUCUUAAAACUAGAUUUCUGAAAUUAUGUUCAAAAUUAUUUAUAGUUAUUUACUUGCUUAAACUACUUGAUAGUGAUUUAAACAUUGUAAUGACUUCGUCUUCCUCUCACGUUUUAAUAAAGUUCUCUGUUCUCAGAAAAUGAGCAUCACUGUAGAAUUUUUCCAGCUCUUAAAUAUUGUGCUUUGUUAAUUUAUCACAAUGUAACACUUUUAGCAAUGGAUAGAAUAAAGCCAUGCAAAUAAAA